UAUACGGGGAAGUUCGAGAUCUCGCAAUUAAAAACCGAAGUAUAGAUAAGCAGAGAGUAGUCUCAGGAUGCCAUCUCAACUGUCAACAUUAAACUGUAAACCAGCGUAAAACAACUGUAAAGAGAGAACAUACAUAAUAAUAUGGUAUACUAUUAGGCCUAUUUAAAUCAACUGAUGCAAAUUUGAAAAGAGUGACAAUGAGCAAUUGGUGUAGCACAACCAAAGUGCUGUAGCAUAUGUGAUUUAUUUGAUUGCUAGAGAAAAGAGACUCAAGGUCAGAGACUAUACGUUUAAUGAUGUCGAAGCAGCAUCCAAAUCAGUUGACUGUCGCUUCCACUCGUGGAAAUUUAAAUGAAGUAAGGUCACUAUUGGAGCAGGGGUUUCCCGUGGACUCACCGAAUAAGUACCAGCAUACUGCGCUACAGGCCGUGCCAGUAUCCUGUCCUGAAAUAGUAAGUAUUUUACUAGAGUAUGGUGCAAACCCGAACCUCAAAGAACCAGUUAUGGGCGGCAUUCCACUUCAUCAAGCUGCAAGAGAAGGUGCAACUGCAACGUUGGAGUUAAUGCUGCAAUUCGGAGCAAAUGUCAACGCACAGGACAAAAACGGAGACACCCCCGCUCAUCUUGCAGCUAGAAAGGGUUAUCUGGAGGCAUUCAAAAUAUUAAAUCCACUAGCCGAUAUGACGAUCAGAAACCAUAACGGAGACACACCAUUAUCAAUCGCAGACCGACACCCAGAGUUUCGUGACUGGAUCAACGUAGCAAACGUGGAUGGUCAGCGGAAUACGUGAUCAAACAUAAUGAAACAAUCGGCGGGUGAUACUUCAUCGAUUUACACAAAAGCUAGCAAUAGUUAUGCUAAGCAUAAAUUUGUAAUAUUAUAUAAUGAUAUUAUAUGCAUAUUAUAUUAUUUAUACAUAUUUUUUUAAUAAUACUAAAUAUAGUUACGGUAUUAGAUGAUGUGUAUUUUGUUGAGCACAACUAAGACGUAGGCCUAAUGUAUACUUAUUUUAAUUCAGCAAUAUCACUAAUAUUAUAUUAUAAAUUAAUUAUUUAAGGCCAAAUGAAGAAUAGCAUGCUUCCCGUCUCUUGUCAUAGGCCUCGCUCGAUAUACGACUGUUGUGUGAUCGGGGAAAAAUUCCAUUCUUUACAAAAAAUCACGGCGGGAAAUAUACAGUAUAUUUUUUAUUUGGCAUAAAAAUUACUCAAGGCCAGCAAAUGUGCAAUUAUAAAAAUGUGGUAGACCUUAAAAUAUUAUUUUAGCGCGUAUAGAGACCUUGUUCAUUUGCGCUUUAUAACGAAGAUACACCGUUAUCAAUCGCAUUACUAUUACUAUUAAUUAUUAUUUUUUUAUACAAUGACAGCGGGGAUCCAUUGAAAUGUGUCGUCUCUCCUGGUGAGUCUGGGGGUCUGAGCCUCCCGUCUGUCAGGUCAAUCCGCCGCCGGGAUAGGGCCGAUUAUUAUUUUAGCGCUUAUGACCUUAUUAUAUUUGCGUUAAGCCUACAGUACGACUAUAACGGAGGUACGCCCUUACCAAUCGCAUUACUAUUAGUAUUAUUAUUUUUAUUUUUACAUAAUGACAGCAAGAAACCAUUUUAUUUGAAUGUGUACAGUAUCUUUGGUAUCAUGAUGCCAGGAGGUCGGUAGUGUGGGGGGUUAGCCUGUCGUGGGUCAGGUCAAACUUGAAAAUAUAUUCGUAUUCACACACUCGAAGAUUCUUUACGGUUUACAAUUUAUGUAUAUAUUCAUAAAGCAUUACCGCACCAUCAAGGCCGGCAAUUUCCUUGUGCCCAUAUUCUGAAAGUGGACUAACUCCAGAACUUAAGGUAGUCUAGGAUUAACUUUAGUCCUAGACUAAGUUCCGCUUUCGAGAAUAUGGGCCUUAUAAUACUCUAGUAUUUAUCUCUUUACGUGUAACAUUUUUCUAUGUUAAAAACGAUCUCUUCAGAUACCGUAUCCGUCUACGUUUCUGUAAGUUCAUUACGCUUUUUAAAUGUUAAGGUAUCACAAUAGCCAAUAAAAAGAUUUUAGUUUAGAAUAAUUUCAACUUAUCAUGAUAGUAUGUUUUGUGCACGAUUUUAUCAUGUGUACCGUCAAAUUACGUACCGGUAUAGGAGAAAAAUCUAUGUUUGUCGAAAAUAAUUUGUAAUACAUUUUGUACUUAACCAUUUUGCGAAUUUAUAUUAAACACAUUAAUUGAUUUAGUACAAAAAAAAUUGGAUAUAAUUUUACUGCAAAUCAUUUUAUGUUGUAGAAUUAUGAUGUAAUGUAAUGAAUAAAAUCCAAUGUUGGUAGGCUUAAUACAGUAAA